AUGCAGAGACUAGCUACAAAGUGCCAAGUAGAACAAUGUACAACUGGACGCUCUCUUCCUCAAUCCCGUUGGGUACGGCGAAAACACUCGUGGCGCGGUCCACGGAACACCGUACUCGCGUGGGCACGCUGGUGGCUCGUGGCACUCCUCGUACUGGGCAGUGUGUCUGCUGUCGCGGCUGGGAAGCUGCUGACCAGCUUCCCAGCGACAUCUUCGACAUCGAACACGCUUCGCGUCGUACCGGGUUCGCCUUCGGUGCUCGUGCACGGCUCGCAGUCUACUUUUAAUAUUACUUUUGUGGAGCCUUACGACGUGCGGGCAAAGGAGGCGUUCGCGUUCGCGGCACUACAGUGGGCAAACGUGUUUCGUUCCAGCGCUCCUGUUCGAGUCGUCACCCGCUAUGCCGCGCUGGCGGCGGUAUCAUCUGCAACGAAUAGCGAUCUGGGCUCAACGUUCGCCUACUUGGUGUUUGGGAAUGGCACCAACGGCCUCCUGAACCGGACUUGGUAUAACACUGCCUUGGCAGGAGCGAUCGCGGGCCCGCAGGUCGUCGCAGGAACGCCCUUCGAUAUGCAGAUCGACUUGAACAGCGCAGCGCCAUGGCACUUUGAUCCGUACACCACCAUUGAUCCGCUGUCGGAGCCGCACGCAAUCGACUUGGCAACGACGGUGAUGCGGCAGAUUGCGGCAGGACUCGGGUUCAGCGGGACGAUCACCGCGAACCCUCAGACCAAAACCGCGCACUACGGCCUUUCGUACGACACACACUACGGGUACCCGGCAUUUUCCAUUCCUGGACGCUUUGAUUCAUUGCUCACCGAUGCUGCAGGCUGCAGUUUGAUUGAAUCGUGCCGACCGUUCGGCGGCGGCGGUCUCUAUCAGGCGCUGACAACCCUGAACAAUGUCCUUAUUCGGGACCGGGCUGGAAAUCCGUUCAUGCUCUUCAGCCCCAAUCCGUACAGUGCGGGGACAAACACGUACCAGUUUUCGCCGACGACCUGGCUGUGGGACUGCGUCGCGGCGGGAUUCCAGACCCAGCGCUGCAGUUCCCUGGUUACACCCUAUGCCGUCCCCGGUGAACAGAACUAUGAGAUAGGCGCGAAUACACUCGCGGUGCUCGAGCUGCUGAUGAGCAACGACACGCUUCCGUCGCCGCUUCCAAGUUACUGCACAACGGCCUGCAGUAGCAAUGCGGUCAUCGUGACGGAGGCGAUUGCAGCGUUUCAGGACGACGCUCCGGGGGUAAAUGCCGGGCGCGUCGCUUCACUGGACACACCAGCCGUCGACCAGGAGCGUGCUCACCUGGGAUCACCCACGGAACGCAUCUCCAUUGGCCGUAUGGAUGCGUUCUCGACGUCGCUCCUGAACGUGCCGGAUGCAGACGUACCUGCGUGGAUGCACUUGGUGCCAAGUAGUGCCCCAUCGAGAGGAGCGGUGUCCGGAAACCAGGAAGCAGGUGCUUCGAGCCUCGAAAAAGGGAAGAACGUCUACGUGCCGUUGGUACCCGAACCGUUGCCUUCGACAUCAGGACUUCCGAACGCUUUGUUACCAUCCUGCGGCAAGGUUCGAAAGGCGCUCGCGAGUGCGCUCCAGAACGUUUUGCAGGCCUAUAACUACAGCAACAGUGCCGUAGCACCGAUGCACUGCCACCUCAACGAGACCACGGAACGCUACCUCCUGAGCGCAGCGAUCCUGGGCCUCGACAUGUCCGCUCUGGGGAGCGUGCGUGCCACACUCCUUGACAGUGCCAAUACCACCGGUGUUCUGAUUGCUGUUUCGAUGCAGGUAGCGCUCGGCACGAGUCUCUCGCUGGACCCGGUCGUUGUGGUCCGUCUUUACGACCGCACCGGCGAGCUGGCACCGGUCAUGCCGCCACCGCUCCCGCUGCAGACAGCGUUGUCGUAUGCCGGUGCGUAUGAUGUGCACUGGCGAGUCGAGGCCGCUCCCGGAACCGUGGUGAACCAGACAGCAUUCUGCGCUCAUACAUCCUUCCAAUCGCUGCUUCAGAGUGCAACUCUGGUGGUUUUAGAAUUUUCUAUCAGCAAGGCGCUGAACACUUCCAGGUUCGGAACGGCACAGCUGUCGCUUGUGCCAGGUCGAAGCGAGUGCUCGUUGUACCGUGCCUCUCCAGACAGUGCACCACCGGCCAAGUACGACCUGUUUUUCACGAUAGGUGUUGCGCGCUCUGCGGCGAACCUGAACAGAAGCGCUGCCUUUGCUGCUGCUGGAGCAACUGCUGCCCAGAUGUUGAGCACCGUCGAUGUCCAGGAGGUGCUGCAAGCCCUGGCACCACAUGGUCUGUUUACAAAUACCGUAUUCGUUCAGACCGUGUAUAGUUCGUUCGCGUUUUGA